GGACGGCCGAGAUUUCCCAGCGUAGCGUCAAACGCGAACCCCACCAUAAGUAAGGCCCCCGGCGAAGCCCACUCCUAAACCCUAGCCUCUUCCCCGCCCCCAAACCCCUCGGCCGCCGCCGGCGAGAUGGCGCUCUACCUGCUCUUCGAGUCGGCGUCGGGGUACGCGCUCUUCCACGCCUACGGCAUAGACGAGAUCGGGCAGAGCGUCGACGCCGUCCGCUCCACCGUGCUGGACCUCAACCGGUUCAGCAAGGCCGUCAAGCUCGCCGGGUUCACCCCCUUCCUGUCCGCCGUCGACGCCCUCAACCAGUGCAACGCCAUCUCCGAAGGGAUCAUGACCGACGAGCUGAGGAACUUCCUGGAGCUCAACCUGCCCAAGGUCAAGGAGGGGAAGAAGGCCAAGUUCAGGGUCGGCGUCACGGAGCCCAAGGUCGGGUCCCACAUCACCGAGGCCACCGGAAUCCCUUGCGAGUCCAACGACUAUAUCCAGGAGCUGCUCCGUGCCGUGCGGCUGCACUUCGACCAGUUCAUUGAACAACUCAAGCCAUCUGACCUGGAGAAGGCUCAGUUAGGUCUUGGGCAUAGCUAUAGCAGGGCAAAGGUCAAGUUCAAUGUGAAUCGUGUGGAUAACAUGGUGAUUCAAGCCAUCUUUCUGUUGGAUACACUCGAUAAGGAUGUCAAUUCCUUCUCCAUGAGAGUGAGGGAGUGGUAUGGAUGGCAUUUUCCUGAGCUGGUCAAAAUUGUGAAUGACAACUACCUUUAUGCUAAGCUUGCCAAGUUUGUAGUAAACAAAUCUGAUUUGUCAGAGAAAGAUAUUCCAGCUUUAGCAGAUCUGAUUGGAGAUGAGGACAAGGCAAAAGAAAUUGUUGAAGCAGCAAAGGCAUCUAUGGGUCAGGACCUUUCACCAGUUGAUUUGAUCAAUGUCCAACAGUUUGCUCAAAGGGUCAUGAAUCUAUCUGAGUACCGUAAAAAUCUCUAUGAGUAUCUGGUGACAAAGAUGAAUGAUAUUGCACCAAAUCUGACGUCAUUGAUUGGUGAAAUGGUUGGAGCUCGGUUGAUCUCUCACGCUGGCAGUCUUUCAAAUCUUGCAAAAUGUCCUGCCUCCACUCUCCAGAUACUAGGUGCUGAGAAGGCGCUCUUCAGAGCUCUUAAAACACGUGGAAACACACCGAAGUAUGGCCUCAUAUUCCACUCAUCUUUUAUCGGCCGUGCAUCUACCAAGAACAAGGGAAGAAUGGCUAGAUACCUGGCAAACAAAUGCUCAAUUGCUUCACGCAUUGACUGUUAUUCAGAUAUGAGUAGCUCCAUUUUUGGUGAGAAACUGCGUGAACAAGUUGAGGAGAGAUUAGACUUUUACGACAAGGGUGUUGCACCACGCAAGAACCUUGAUGUAAUGAAAGCUGCAAUUGAUGGUAUGACCAGCACAGUCUCAGAGGAGGAUAAGGAGAAGGACAAUGGUGUACAUGUGUCUGCCAAGAAAAGUAAGAAAAAGAAGUCGAAAUCUGAGGCUGACGGUGACGCCAUGGAUCUUGAUAAGCCUGCCAGCACGGCCGCAGGAGAAGAGACAGAGAAGAAGAAAAAGAAAAAGAAGCACAAGCUAGAGGAGCCCCAGGAUCAAGAGAUGGCAGCCAAUGUCGACGGCGAACAAGACGAGACUCCCAAGAAAAAGAAAAAGAAGAACCGUGAUGCUUCAGAGUCUGUUGAGCCUAAGACAGCCACAGAAGGGAAGAAGAAAAAAAAGAAGUCCAAGGGCGAGGCCGAUGAUUAGACUAGAACCCCUUUGUUCUGCUUAAUGAAAUUAAACAUCUAUACUAGUAGUGUAUAAUUUAUGUACAACCAUUGAUCUCAUCGGGCCUCGACUGUUGAAUCUUUCAUCCAGCAUCCUAUGGUGGUGUUGAACACAUUUUGAGGUCUAUAAUGUGGAAGAGCAUGGAUUGA